AUGCCAGUGAGUGAUGAUUACCGCCUUCUGUGCAAACAGGAGCGGUCCGUGCGAAUUUCCCUUGAGAACCUGAAGGAGUUCGUGCAAUCCCACCAAGCCGGUGCGGAUAGGCAUGACGUUGACCUACGCCUAGCCAAGCUAGAUGAAAUUUGGCAGAAAUUCACCGAUGUGCGGAUGCGAAUCGAGCUACUAACCGACGGCGCAGCAGAUGAUGAGAUUUCCACGGAUACCGAAGAGACGGAGGAGACAAAACUGCAACGUCACGUCAAGCUACAGAGGCAGCAUGAUCGUGAUAAUGCGAGAAUUCUGAAGGAUUUCGAGAACGAAGUGUACCAGUUGAAGAAGGCGCUGUUCAGUAUGCUUCAAGCUGGUCCGAGCCGUGUGCAGCAGCCUCAACAUCACCAACCGGCGGCUGUGCCGCAAUCUAAAGUGAAACUACCCGAGUUGAAACUGCCCACGUUCAGUGGGAGGAUGACGGAUUGGGUGACAUUCCGAGACACCUAUAAGAACCUGAUCCACAACGAUAACAGCCUCUCCGAUAUGGAUAAGUUCACUUAUCUACGCACAUCCCUCACCGGGGAAGCACUACAAGAGAUUGCCGCAAUUGAGAUGUCCUCCGCCAAUUAUGCCAUUGCGUGGGAGGCAUUGGAAAACGCUUUCGAGAAUAAGAAGCUAUUGGUGAUGACUCACCUUGAUUCUUUGUUCUCUCUCGAGCCACUUCGUCAAGAAAGCUUCGAGACGUUGAGCAAACUCGUUAACGGGUUUGAAAAGAACCUCCAGAUGCUCACCAAGAUCGGAGAAGAUCCGGAUGGCUGGAGUACGCUACUUCAGUACAUGCUCUGCAAGCGGCUGCAUCCCACAACGUUGAGGCAGUGGGAGUCGCACUACAACUCCAAAGAGGUUCCAAACUAUAAAGAUCUGGUCAAGUUCCUGAAGAGUUACUGUUCGGUGCUGCAGUCCAUCACCCCUGUGAAGCCAUUCCAAACCGAAGCGAGGAAACCUGUUCGUCCGUCUAUUAGCCAUGCCGGAGUCCAACCACCCAGUAGCUGUCCAUUUUGCGGAGAACCUGCUCACUCCGCCUUUAAGUGCGCGAAGUUUUCGAAGAUGAGGAUUUCGGAAAGGGUCGAUGUCGUGAAGAAACAUUCGCUUUGUUUGAAUUGCCUGUCAUCGGGGCACAUCGCGCGAUUCUGCACCAGAGGAUCGUGCUUCCACUGUGGUCAACGUCACCACUCGUUGCUUCACGCGAACUCAUCGACCACCGCGAAUCCGUCAAGUAAAUCUGGACAGUCAAAUGGGAAUCAACAAAUGAAGAAACCACAAGGACAGAACACGCAACCACCACAAGCUAAGCCAACACCAAACGGUCACUCAACACACACUCAGCCUACACAAAGUGGACGCACAGAACCACCGAAUUCCACAAAUGCAAGCAAUGCUCAUUCACACAUUUCCGCCACAGACAGCCCCAGUACAAGUUAUCACACUACACCUCUUGCAACUACACGACACGUUCCACACACUGUUUUGCUCUCUACCGCUGUCGUAAAUCUUUGCGAUCAGUUUGGUAACUCCUUACUCGCUCGUGCGUUGCUGGACUCCGGGUCCCAGCGAUGCUACAUAUCUGAAGCCAUGUCGCAAAGGCUUAAGUUCAAGCGAACCCGUGAACAUCUACCGAUUGCUGGAAUCGGUGGAUCGCGAACUGCUUCCACUCAAGCAGUUUUCGCUGAGGUUCAUUCGCUUGUCACAAAGUACGUGACGAAUCUCAAAUUCCACGUGCUACCGCGAGUAACUGUCGAUCUUCCGACACGAAGCAUCGAUAUUCGAUCCUGGAACGUGCCGAAGGAGCUAGUGUUGGCUGAUCCGACAUUCCACGAGUCCGGAGCAGUUGACCUGAUAAUAGGAGCUGAGGUGUACCUGGAGCUGAUGAUCGCUGAGCGUCAAAUCAAGCUAGGAGAUUCCGGUCCGAUUCUGCAGAACACUCUGCUGGGCUGGAUUGUUUCCGGAGGCAUUCCGGACGAGUCUGCUUCUCUACCAGCGGUAUCGGCAUGCGCAACCGAGAAGAUUGAAGAAGGAUUGGCACGUUUCUUUGAGCUGGAAUCGUGUCGCACCACCAGCACGUUGUCUUUGGAGGAGUCAGCGUGUGAAGCACAUUUCGAGAAAACGACGAAGAGGGACUCAAGCGGCCGAUUUGUCGUCCAGCUACCGAAGAAGCAGUUUAUGAUUGAUCGCCUAGGGGACACUCAAGCUAUUGCCACUCGUCGCUACAUGGCACUGGAGCGAAGAUUGGAUACUGAUCCUGCCGUGAAGAAGAUGUACAUCGAGUUCAUCGACGAGUAUCUACGCAUGCAACACAUGCGAGAAAUUUCACCAAGAGACUUGAGCACCUUUCCAGUCACGUAUUUCUUGCCGCACCAUGCGGUACUUAAGCCCGACAGCACGACCACCAAACUGCGCGUCGUUUUUGAUGCGUCGUGUGCAAGCACUUCUGGAGUGUCGCUAAACGAAGCUCUGAUGGUGGGUCCUGUAGUCCAGGAGGACCUCACUUCGAUUGCACUGCGUUUUCGUUUACGAAAGUAUGCGAUGACGGCCGACAUCGAGAAGAUGUACAGAAUGAUUAAGAUGCACCCUAUGGACCACUCGCUUCAAUGCAUUAUGUGGCGAGAAGACGCCACCAAGCCGAUUCGAUUCUUCGUACUGACGACCGUCACGUAUGGCACGUCUUCGGCACCGUACUUGGCAACCCGCUGCCUGCGAAAGCUAGCAGAAGAUGAGAAGGCUAAGUUUCCCGUCGCCGCAGACACGAUAAUCUACGAAUUCUACGUAGACGACAUGCUGAAGAGUGUCGACAGCGUUGAAGAGGCAGUUCAGCUGUCUAAGGACCUGAUUCACGUUCUCGGUACUGCGGGACUCACUUUGAGAAAAUGGAGUUCAAAUUCUCGAGAACUACUGGACCAAAUUCCUCCGUAUCUGCGCGAAGAACGCUCUUCGUUGGACCUCGAGCUCUCAAACCCCACCGUUAAGACCCUUGGAAUCAAAUGGGAACCCCGAUCGGACAUUUUUCGGUUCACUGUGCCUCAGUGGAACCCUGCUACUGAGAUCACCAAGAGGAUCAUCCUGUCCGAUUUCGCAAAGCUUUUCGACCCGCUAGGCCUGGUUGGACCUAGUCUAGUUCCAGCCAAGGUUUUUCUCCAGGAUCUUUGGAGAACAAAGUGUUCCUGGAACGAAACUGUGCCUGACGAGCUUCAAAACUGGUGGAGAGAAUUUCGAGAAAGUUUGGAGGACCUGACCCAGCUUCGCGUUCCUCGUUGGGUUGCGUUUGGAAGCGACACAAUAUCUGCUGAACUCCAUAUGUUCUGUGAUGCGUCCAUGAAAGCGUAUGGUGCCUGCAUCUAUCUGCGGUGCACUUCGUUUGACGGCACUGUCACAGCAGCACUACUCACCGCGAAAUCUCGAGUGGCACCGCUCGAAGAUCUAGAGAAGAAGCGGAAACAGACCUCAAUUCCUCGUCUGGAGCUGUCGUCCGCACUCACCGGAGUUCAUCUGUUUGAGAAGGUCGUCCAAAGUAUCAAAAUCACUGCCCAACCGUACUUUUGGACGGAUUCGAUGAUCGUUAAAUGCUGGAUCGCUGCAGCUCCGUCACGCUGGAACGUUUUCGUUGCAAAUAGAGUGUCCGAGAUACAGCACAUCACCCGUGGAGGCAUCUGGAACCAUAUCGCUGGGCUGGAAAACCCCGCGGACGUUUUGUCAAGAGGCAUGCCUCCAGAUCAACUGAAGGACUACGAGAUGUGGUGGCAAGGUCCACCGUGGCUGCGCUUGGACAAGUCUUCCUGGCCGACAACCGCGACAAUCAACCCGAAGGAUCUGGAUCCUUCGCUCCUUGAAGAACGAACAACGGUAGCGGCUCCUGCUCAAGUUGUAGAACCCAGCCCGAUUUUUGGUCUUCGAUCGUCGCUUCAAGAUUUAGUUCGAAUCGUGUCCCUUCUACGAAGAUUCGUUUAUAACUGUAGGAACCCCGAUGGUCGGAAAACAGGCCUUGUGAAGCACGAAGAGCGCUCAGAGGCACUACACCAGCUUCUAAUCCUAGCGCAACAAGAAAGCUUCCCGGAGGAUCUGAUCGCGCUACGCAGAACCGGCGAAGUGAAACCAACAUCAAAAUUAAGAAAGCUAGCUCCACGCCUUGUGAACGGAAUCAUCUUGGUCGGCGGCCGGCUGCAGAACGCUAACAUUUCGGCCGGGCGGAAGCACCCAAUCGUUCUGGACAACCAUCAUCCUCUAUCGACCAUCAUCGCCUUUCACUACCACCAGAAGAACCUGCACGCAGGACAGCAGCUCUUGAUCGCCAGCAUGCGGGAGAAGUACUGGCCAUUGUCUGCUCGCAACCUGGCUCGGAGAGUGAUCCACCGCUGCGUCAAAUGCUUUCGGGCACGGCCGACGGCUCAUGAGCAGCUCAUGGCGGACUUGCCCGCUGAACGUGUCACUCCGGCUCCACCUUUCAUGCGCGUAGGAGUGGAUUACUGCGGUCCGUUCUAUAUCCAGUACCCCUAUCGCAAGGGCGGUCCGAUAAAAUGUUUUGUUGCCGUUUUCGUAUGUCUCGCUGUAAAAGCGGUCCAUUUAGAGGUCGUGGGAGACCUUACAACUCAAGCUUUCAUCGCCGCACUGAAAAGGUUCGUCUCCCGUCGAGGUCGGCCUGAAAUUUUAAUGUGCGACAAUGCAACGAACUUUGUCGGAGCCCGACGUGAAUUGGAUGAACUUCGGAAGCUGUUCAACAACCAAGACUUUGUGAAAGCGAUUACUAAGGAGACAUCCUGGGAGAACAUCAACUUCAAAUUCAUCCCGGCGAAGUCACCCAACUUCGGUGGCCUGUGGGAGGCCGCCGUGAAAUCGAUGAAGGAACACCUGAAGCGUACUCUAGGCAAUACAGUCCUCGUCUCAGACGAAAUGGCCACUCUGGUGGCACAGAUUGAAGCGUGUCUCAACUCGAGACCCCUCACACCACUAUCAUACGACGCAAACGACCUGGAAAUCCUAACCCCCGGUCACUUCCUGGUGGGCAGGCCGCUCACAGCAAUCCCAGAACCAUCUUUGCAAGACCUCAACGAAUCAAGGCUUUCGAAGUGGCAGCGUGUGCAGUAUUUUCUGCAACGAAUUUGGAAUCGUUGGUCAACACAGUACUUGUCGAACCUGCACACUCGUACAAAGUGGACCAAGCAGCGUAACAACCUUUUCGUCGGCACCAUGGUACUGCUAUGCGAGGACAACGUGCCGCCUCUAAAAUGGCGGCUGGGUCGGGUCACAGAGAUUCACCCAGGAAAGGACGGCAACAUUCGUGUCGUCAAAGUUCACACGAAGGACGGAGAUUUUCUACGAGCGAUAUCCAAAGUUUGUGUCCUACCAAUACGGGACAACGAGUCGACACCAGCGUCAGCUCACGAGGAGGAUUGA